UACUUACAUUUCUUUUCCUACAAAAUUUCUACGAAAAGCUUUACUGUGUGUUUCGUGCGCUUGAACUGCGGCAUCAACUGGGGAUCUCUACAUCAAGUCUUUCGAAACCGAAAUCAGGUAAUGUAUAUGAACCUCUGAUUUUGAGUUAAUCGAAGUGUCUCUCUCCUUUCUCCCUUUCUAUGAUUGAUUUAAAGUCCUUUGAAGGAAGUUAGGGUUAGAGGUGGGGGGGAUUUUGAAUGUGCAACAAAAAAGGGUUUUUCUUUUUUUUGGGAUCCUAACUUAUUCCUCCCCCCUACUUCGUGUAGAGUUUGAGAAAAUGUCGUCAGAAAGAACACAAAGUAUAGUAGGGAGUGAGGUGAUGCCCCUGGACUAUGGGAGCAUGGACUCAGAGAGUAGUCCAUCUCCAACUAGUUCAGAGAAAACGGUGGAGGGGGUGAGAGGAGAUGAGGUGGUGGAGGUUGGGGGAAAAAAGGUGGUAAAGAUUGGGAGGAAUGAGGUGUUAGGGGUUGGGGUAGAUAGCAUACCCAUUACCAUAGUAGAAGUAGAAGGUAGAGGAGAGAGAGAUUAUAAUGUGAAUGCGGAGACAGUGGAGGAGGUGAAGCAGUAUAGUUCUAAACUAAGGACCAGGGAUAGCUUGGGUCACUUAGUGGAAAAUUACGAGAUCUCUUCUCGAGUGCUAGUUAGGCCAACUGGGGUAGAGGAGAGAGCGUGUUCUGCUCCUCGGGACCAUUGGAUGCCCAUAUAUUCCCACUAUCUGAUAACGGGGUUGAGGUUUCCAAUUCCUGAGUUGCUGGUAGAAUUGUUAUUAGAUUAUAAGAUAGGGUUGACACAAUUAGUCCCCAAUGCUAUGAGAGGGGGUAGUAGGAGGGAUAAGGGGUGGUAUUAUUUCACCCCCAGGGUAGCCAAUAGGGAGAGUAGGUCUUUGUUUACUGCGGGUCCUUCAUCCAUUAAAGGAUGGAAGGAAAAAUUCUUUUUUAUGGAUGAUACAGAGUGGGGGAGGGGGGAUGCCGAGGUGAGGGAGCUAGCCUCCUGGAAGGCUAAAAGGGCCAACCAGAAUAGGUUUAGUUUGAAUGAGGAUGAGGAGGAAGAAGUGAGGAAGUUGGUGAGGAAGGGGGGGGAUUUACUAAACAUAAUGGACCUCACCAGCGCACAAUGCAUAGAAGCCGCUGAGCUCUAUGGGCCAAGCGCUUUGAGUGAAGCUGAAAUGGAUCAAUUUUUAAACACUGUUGGAGGAGCGGCCAUCCCCAAGAAGACAAGGAAGAAGUCAAAGACUUCAACCAAGCAAGUGGAUGAGGGGAGGGCUAGGAAGGAGGUAGUGGCCACGACUUCAGUUGAAACGGAGGAGGAGGUGCCACAGUUGAAGAGGAAGGGUUGGGAGGAGAGGAGGGCACUGCAGAAGAAGCAGAAGGUGGUGGAGGAGGAGAUGGGGAAUGAGGUCCCUCUGUUCGUACCUCAGCCUUCUCUUGUUGAGUUGGACCCUGAGCUCAGACAGUUGGAGGAGGAGGCUAAGAGCAGCUUGUUCGAGGCGAAGAACAUGAUGGGGGCUAGGUGGUUCAUCAACAACACCUUCCCUGAAGUGGACAGACGCAACGCGCGGGAGGAAGCUUUGAGGUAUGGUGGAGCGUCCGUUGUGAAGCAUGUUCUAGAGCGCAAGCUGGGUGAAUGGUCUAGCCCAAGAAUUCAGGGAGAGCCUGAAGGAGCACUCACUCUUGUAGAGGCAGAGAGGUCUUCCCUGAGCACCAAGCUCGUCUUUGAAGAGAGCAAACGAAGGAUCUCUGAAAGCGAGCGUGAGGCUCUGGCGCAAGAACUAAAGUUGACGAAGGAGGCUUUCUUGGAGCUGAAGCAGAAUGUGCAGACCUUGGUGCAUAAUGGAAUGAAGGAGCACAUCAGCAACUUCAUAAGCUCCAGCUCGUUUGACAACAUCGUCAACUUAUAUCGGCUGCCCACUGCUAUCAUUACAUUCACGGACUGCAGGAAGAAGGUGAAGGCAAAAUAUCACGAAAUGGAUAUUACGAAGAUCACCUUCGGAGAGCAAGAAGAAGGGGUGGAGGAAGAUGUGGAGGAAGAAGGGGCAGAGGUAGAGGAAGACGAGAUGGAGGCAGGAGUGGAGGGAGCUGAAGUGGAUGAGAGCCAACCAGUUCCAGAAGUGGAGAUUCAUCCAGUUCCCUCCGACGAUGAGCAACCUCCUCUACCAGACGAGCAGCAGCCAACACAACCACCUCCUCCAGCUGAGCAGGAGCCAGUGGAGCCACAUCUCCCAACGGAGAAAUAAUUUUAUUUUUUAAUUUUUUGUAAAAACAUUUAGACAGUUUGUAACACUGUUAUUUUGUUAAAUGGAAUUAUAUGUUUGUUUAUGUUUGGUUUAUAUUUUUUUAUUUUUUAUUAAUAGAAGAACUGAGAGUAC